AGAAAUUUGCUUAGGACGCUACUGGAGUGCAGUAGAACACUGCUAGUGUUUUCUGACAAGCUAGUUCUUAGUCUCCUAAUCUGGCUCUCGCAGUGGCGCUCGCACGCUGCUGGCUUCCUCUUGCUGGUUUCUUGAAGCGUGCUCCGAGCGGGUAUCGCAGAGCGGCUUUCCACAGUUAGGGUUGCGACGUCGCUGAACGUUUCUCGUGUUCGGUGAUCGAUCCGCUGCUGCUUGCCAAGUUUCGUGCUGAAUGGGUUGAUGACGGUCCGCAGACGUCAGGUCGUGGCUUCAAUCGCGCUUGUAGAUUUCGCCGUGACACGAGUUACUUAGUAUCCAAUCCGGCCUUUUCCCUCUGGACUCCCCGAAUCUCGCAUCUCCUAACCAAUCAGAACGUCGUGCUCACGCGCCACGUAUCGUCUCAUGGACUCGUCGUGAUCCCUAAUCCCUGAUCCAAUUAGCAUCUAACCUUUCCACCUCGAUCCCGUCCACGAGUCCGUUCCGCGAUGUUCGGAAUCGAUCUCGAUGCGUCGUCGCUGCCGGAGCACGCGUUUUCAGGGACGCCAGCAGUGGUGGUGUCGCUGGUAUGCACGGUGCUCGCGGUCUUCCUCUCCGUGCGGCACAUCGUCAUGCACCUCCGCAACUACACCGAGCCCACGUACCAGCGUUACAUCGUCCGGAUCAUCUUCAUGGUUCCCGUAUACGCGACAAUGUCAUUCGGCGCUCUCGUUAUGAGCGACUACGCCAUGUACUUCAACACGAUACGUGACGUCUACGAGGCAUGGGUGAUCUACAAUUUCCUCUCCCUCUGCCUCUCAUGGGUGGGCGGCCCAGGAGCCGUGGUGACGAGCCUCACAGGCCGGCUUCUCAAGCCGUCCUACCUCCUCAUGACGUGCUGCUUCCCGCCCAUUCCCCUCGACGGGCGCUUCAUCCGGCGAUGCAAGCAGGGCUGUCUGCAGUUCGUGUACUUAAAGCCUAUCCUGGCGGCGACGUGCCUCUUCCUCUACUCGUACGGGCUCUACGAGGACGGCAACUUCGCCCUCAGCGACGGCUACAUCUACAUCACGUGCAUCUACAUGGGCUCCUACUCCGUCGCCAUCUACGCGCUUAUUCUCUUCUACGUGGCGUGCCGUGAGCUGCUGCGCUCCUUCAAUCCCGUGCCGAAAUUCCUCAUGAUCAAGGCAGUUGUGUUCCUGACCUACUGGCAGGGCGUGCUGGUGUUCAUCGUCGCUCAGAUGGGCUUUGUCCGCAGCGCGGAAGAUGCGGCCGACCUGCAGAACGUGCUGAUCUGCGGGGAGAUGGUGCUGGGCGCGCUGGGCUUUAUGCACGCCUUUCCUUUCAAGCCCUUCCUGCAAGCCAAUGUGGCGAUGAACGGCGAGCAGGCGGGGCUGCUGCGGUCGAUAAAACACGCCAUCAACCUCACAGACGUUGUCAGCGACACUGUUCACCAGUUCGCCCCCACCUACCAUGACUACGUGCUGUACAGCGACGGCACGGGGGAGACACACCACUACCGAACGCGCACCUUCGUGCCCUCAGGCAGGGAGAUGGAGUCGUGCCGCCGCUCUGCCAGUGGGAGAGUGCAGCCGCACCAGUCCACGGACCUCGAGUCCCCAUCCAUCUCUGACCAUCCUGGGGCGCCCACAGGGCUCAGCUCUCAGGGCACGGGUGAUUCCCAAGACGAUUUCCUAUCCGAAUUGCAGCUCAUUUCCACCGGAAACGAAGCGGAUGAGAAGACAGGGAGCGGUGGCGACAAGGGUGGGAAAGGCAGUGGGGAUGGGACCACUGGGGGCGGGGGGGGCGCGGGGGUUGUGGCUGCUUCGGCUAGUGGGAGCUCGUUGGCUGCGAGGCUAGCGGCUGCGUUCUCUGCAGCAGCGGACAUGUCGUCGGCGGUUGACUCGAGCGAGGCCAAUGACCCCAUGUCGGCUCCGCUCGGGUUUACAAUGUCCUCGUCGAGCGCGCAGGGCGACGGGUUUGUGGAGAUGGAGGAAGAGCAGGAGCAGCCGCAUCACCACCAACAGCUAAAAAAGCAGCAGCAGCAGUUGGCGGGGGUAGGGAUUUUAAGGGAGGCGAUGGUGGAUAUGGGGAUGUCGUCGCCUCCUCCUAAAGGGAGCUUGAGGCCGUAUGGAGCUUCGGCCGAUCCUGACGAUGACGACCCAACGCCGAUCACGUCACGGAACCCGAACCUAGCCACUCCGAAGCAGCUGCCGACCGCCACGCCACCACCGCUGCCACCACCACCAUCAGCAGGAGGGUCGCCGGACCUAAGAAGGGAGGAUGUAGGGACGCCUGUGUUAGGCAGUGUGAGCAUACAGGGGUCUCCGUUAUCGGGAGGUAGGGUUUCUGAGAUGGUUCCCUUGCGAGGAACAGCGCAAGGGAGUAGCAGUACUGGGAACAGCCCUGCUGGGGCUGGGUUCUCACCAGGAAUUGGUGAUGCAGCAGAAAUGGAAAAGCUCGUGCUGGAUACCGAGAAACUAUAACCAUGUUAGGUUGUGAAAGUAUACAAGUAAUGUACAUUCCUUAGUAGGUGUUUUGAAGUAUACUAGG